CUCAUCCUUUAUCCGCCAAAAUCCCCACUCUAGAGAGAGAAAAAAAGCACAGAGGAGAGAGAAAGCAUUCGACAAAUUCUAUGCCAUUUUCCCUCGUUUCAAUCCAAAGCUCCACUGUACAAUGAUUCUGCACUUGAGUUCACCAUGGCUCACUAUCACUCGCCUCCCUCAUCCCAAACUCAUCGAACCACUCGCCUCUGCAAGCAAUGGCACUAGCGUCCUCAUGCCUCUCCUUCUAUGCUCCCACGCUUUCUUUCGUUUCACGUCCUUCUCCCAGUCGACGCGAGUUAGAGCUUCUUUAAAUGUCAGCAACAUCGAUGGCGCCGCGGCUUUUGAGAAUCCUGUUUCGGAUUUACUCGACGACGAGCUGAUUUGUGUUGUUUCGGGUGCUAAGGAUGCCGAUGAAGUGCUGCGGAUGAUCGCCGAAAAGUCAGGGAGGAAUGGAGGUACUGUGUCUGUUCCGGACUGUCGUUUGAUUAUUGCGGCUGCACUUAAGCGUAACAAUUCGGAGCUUGCUCUGUCCGUGUUCUACGCAAUGCGCUCCAGUUUCUAUGAAGUUACAGCAUGGGAGGGUGUUAAUGACAAUGUUUCCUCUGUUGAGAGAUGGAAAUGGGCUAGGCCAGAUGUCCAUGUAUAUACAUUGCUGAUUCAAGGUCUUGCAGCAUCCUUGAGGGUCUCUGAUGCUCUUAGGAUUAUCGAGAUUAUUUGCCGAGUUGGUGUAUCACCUGCUGAGGAGGUCCCAUUUGGAAAGGUAGUGCAGUGCCCCAGUUGUAUGGUAGCAGUAGCGGUUGCACAACCCCAGCACGGUAUUCAGAUUGUAUCCUGUGCAAAGUGCCGCUACCAAUAUGAACUUAUUUCAGGAAACAUAGUUAAUAUUGAGUCAGAAGAAAUUAGCAUGGAUACUCCAGCAUGGGAAAAAGCACUCCGGUUCUUGAAUGUAAUGAAGCAAAAACUCCCUGCUGCUGUGCACUCCAUUGUGGUACAAACUCCUUCUGGAGUAGCACGAACCCAGAAGUUUGCCACUGAAACAGCAGAUCUCCCAGCACGAGAAGGAGAAAGGGUGACAAUUGCUGCUGCAGCUCCAUCAAAUGUAUACAGAGAAGUUGGUCCAAUUAAAUUUAGUCCAAAGGAUCCAAAUUUGUACUCUGGUGAGCCUAUGUGCUUGACAAAUCAUUCAGAUGGCCGGGAAUCACUAUUGAUAAGAGUGCCAGCAAAGGAAACCUCAUUCUUACUUAAGCCGUCAGCCCUCUUUCCACUCAUACUUUUAUCUGUCGCUGGAGAUGCUGCCUCUGGAGUUCUUGACCCCAGCUUGCCUCGGAUGCUUUUAGUUGCUGGAUUUGCUUCUCUAGCUGCAGGAGCUACUUUGAAUUCAUUUAUUUUGCCUCAAUUCAAUCGGCUUCCUCAACGAUCAGUUGAUAUCAUUGCUAUCAAACAGCAGCUUUUAUCUCAAUAUAAUGUGCUUCAGUCUCGUAUCAGGGAUUUAAAACUAGCUGCUGAAAAGGAGGUAUGGAUGUUGGCUCGGAUGUGCCAAUUAGAGAAUAAAAUUUUUGCCGUUGGAGAACCUUCUUACCGUGCACGUAGAAGUAGGAUAAAAAAGGUGCGAGAAGGCUUGGAAAAUUCCCUUAAGCAACGGAUUGAACUAAUAGAAAGCUAUGCAAGGAUUUCCUCAAUGAUUGAGAUAGAAGUUGAAAUGGAGUCUGAUGUUAUAGCUGCUGAAGCAGCCAGCAGUGUAGAAAGGGUUUCUGAACAGAUUGAGCAAAUCAUGGUGCUGGAAAAUCUAGAAGAGAGAUGGAGAUUACAAGCAGAAGCCAACGAUGAAGCCGAAAGACUUUUCAACCAAUCAAUGCCAACAGAAGAGGUUUAAACAGGCUUGUGCUCAUGUUUUCAAUCCAGGAGUAUGGACACCUCCAUCACGAGUCCAGAUACUUCCCAAACCUUCUUGCUUGUGAAAAUGUCAAUCAAUCUCUACUUGGUGCAUGUACAUGAAGUUUUGAAGCAGCAUCAGGUCAGUGCUUCGUGGCCAGAUGUCUCAUUACUGAACAUCUCAUUUGUUAAAUUGUAUUAUUAAGUUUCUUUGGAACUUUUCCCUCCUGAGUGCUGAAAUGUCAUUUACCACGUAAAUAUAACACAUUAUUGCUUCUAUUGGACCAAUACCCGUAUUUGCGUU